AAAAUGUCUACACUCUACAUACAAAGCGCGAAACCCAAAUAUGCGAAAAAUGGCAAUACAUCGAUGUGAGAAAAAGAGAAAAGCUUUUGGGGUACAAAGCUUGCCUUUGUUUGCAAUGCUGGUCGUCGUCGUUGUUGUCCCGUUUCAGUGUGCGAGAGACAGAGAGAUAUGCGCAAAGGGACGAGCGCGCACACGGCACAGGCACAACGAUAUUAAACUUAACCCAUGUCAUGAAAUCGGCCAAUAUCCAAGCACUGACACUCAAUUGCCUAUUGCGCUGUUUUGAUGCCGAUGUUCGUCGACGUCGUCGUCGGUCGUUGGUGUUGCUGUUGCUGUUCUUGUGGUUUUUAUUGUUGUUGUUGACGCUUAACAUGCUCGAAUGUGUCGUGUGCUUUUGCCCAGGUAUAUUACGAUAUAUAGCACAAUCCACACCAUUUCUUCUCACUCUCUCACACUCAAUGAACCUUGCGUUGCAUCUCUCUACCCGAUUCAUCAUCAUCAUCGUAGUCGUCGUCGUUGUCGUUGUCGUUGUCGUCGCACAUCUAUUCAAUACACCGAAAUAUUUGGAAUCGGGUAGCAUAGCUACCACACCACACAUCACACAUAAACAUUGGGAGCGAGUGAGAGCAAACCGAAUUUAUAUACACAUCCAAAUUCGAAUACACGUCGCAGACGAAAAACUUGAUCCAAACGAUUGACUAUCCGUUUUAAAUUACACUUUUUUUUCGAAGUGAAAAGUAGAACAAAAAUAAUGGUGUUUCGACGACGACGAGACGACACAAAACGCCAUUCGCAAUUUAAGAAUUUGAUUCAAGUUUGUUUGUUGUGUUCGGGGUGGUUAUCGUUUUUUCAUCCUUGUUGAAAGUUCGUUGUUGUUUUCUUCUUCUUCUUCUUUCUUUUCUCCACGUUCGGUUGUUGAUUUUCUUGUUUGCAAAUGCGGAAGAGACAAACAUUCAAUAUUUAUGCGAUGCAUUUGAAAUCAACGUGUAGUUUGUGUGUCUCAUGAGCUCGCACAAAAAUCAAUUUUCCAUCAUCAACAGCCAGAGAGCGAGGGAGAGCGAGAGGGAGCGAGAGAGAGAAGAGCUUUUUCAUCCCAUGUUUGUCGUUAUUGUUUACGUUUAUCUGCCAGUCUGCGAAUCAUCUUCAACCUGAGCUGAACAGUGUUGAUCUCUGUGUGCGUGUUUGUGUGUGUUGUGUUUUUUUUUUUCAUUCCUGCUUUGCUUGCGAAGGCGAAUAUUCCGAAAUUUUGGUCUUCGAUUUUGUUUUGAACUCUAGUUGGUUUGUUGUCUUAAAACCAACAAAAAAAUGCUGUUCAACACAAUAAAUAGCCAAUUCUCGUAUAAAUCCAGUUAUACCAGCGUUCACACUAGAAACAUAGAACAUUACUUUUUCGUGAAAUAGUUGAACGAUUACAAAAACAAAACAGAGGGAGAAAAAAAUCAAAAAGGAAACAAUUAAAUUUGAUGUGUUUUUCAUGCAACAACAUCAUUUGUGUUGUAAUAGUUCAAUGGACGGUCAUCGAAUUACACAAUCUGAUUAUAUCUCGCUUCACGACGCUCAUGAUACAAAAAUGUGCAACUUAAAGGAUCCACAACAAAAAAAACAAUAACAAAACAUACGGAAUAUAUUUAAAAAAAAAACGUAAACGAACGAAUUUUUUUUCUCGGUGCUUUCCAAUUGUAUGUGUGAUAAAUAAAAAAAAGCAAAAAUAAUAAACAACAUUUCAAGUGUUCGAAUAAACGACAACAAUAACAGCAAUAAAAAAAAUUGUUGAUUUUUCCGUUGAAAAAAAAACAGUUGUCGAAUUGUUUUAAUUAUCUCUCACUUGAUGAAAUAAUGGAAAUUUUCGCAACAAAAAAGCAGAGCAUUUAAAUCCACCAAAUGAUGUCCAAUUAAUGCGAGAUUAAAAUUAAGCAAGGCGCAAGAAAUUGAUUUUCGAUUGUUUUGCUUCUUUCAUUUGGUCGUCUUCGUCUGCUCUGACGGAAGAAUCGGAAAAUAGAGAGAAUAAACUAUGCAUGGCAUACAUAUAUAUAGACACACUCUGCAUGCCUUUACUCUUCAUAGACAUUCCGUUGAAUAAUUGAAGCAACUCGUUUCGGUCAAGCGAAAAUGAUGAACUCUCCGAUGCAUAAAUAUUAAACGAGUACACAAGAGCACGUCACGAACGCAACACUUGAAACACAUCAAGACAGAGAAACAUUUGAGAAAGAAAAAGAGCGAGAGAGAGAGAGAGAGGAAAAGAGUGACAAAGGAACCGACUCAGUUCUAACAAAAACAAAAUUGGGAUGCAUUUUUGGAUCGAUAAACGAUCACAAGCAUGUGGUUUUGGACGGGCUAGAGCUGGAUUUAUGGCCGCUUCUUUAUCGGGCAGUGGAUACGAUUUUUAUCAUCCACCACGACGGAAUAAAUCAAUGCUAACACCAGUUCACCGAUUUCCAAAUGUCGAUUGCCGCAACGUAAAUCGACCAAACGUUCAUCGACCGAAUGUUCAUCGCUCGAACCAUCAUCAGGAGCAUCACCAGCAUCAUACAUCUCGAGCACAUCAUGAAAUCCAGACACAUGCCGAGGUCAAUACACAACACUCUUACGGUGAACCAGCCGACUAUUCCGUUAUACAGCAAUAUCAAUCACAUUUGCCAAUUGAAUUGGAGCAAGGGACAUUAGGUUUGAAUGCAAUUCGGCCGUCAAACGAGAUUUUGACUGAUGAUCGGGCAACGUUAUCGGUAAAUGUAGCGGAUGCCGUGAAUUCAACCGAUUCUCAAAUACUGCCCAGUCAUUUGAAGUGUGGUAUGUGGGCAUCGUUGGCGUUGGCAACCGUUUUUCUCGCAGCAUUCCAAGGUAGUGGUUUGGAGAUAUUAAUCUUUUGCGCAUUUUCGGCAACAUUUUUCGUGGCAGCGUGUACCGUUAGCUUGUGUCGCCGGCCAAACAACAAUAGCUUCAACUUGAACAUACCCGCACCGCAGCUUAGCGCUGUCACAACAAAUGUAAACGAUAUUGAAAUCGCCCAUCUGGAUCAGCAUGAACCACACGUUCCGAAUGUAAUUGAUCCAAUAGCACCACCUCCGCCAUAUCAUAUCGCCAUUUUGAAUGAUAACCCAAAGAUCGACGACUCCCCACCGCCCUCCUACGACAAACUUAUCAUAUAAACAGAAACAGAAACAUUCGCUUAAACAAAUCUCUUCCGUUCAUCGUUUUAUUGUGCUAUCACUUCCAAUAUAACCCUUGAUCUCUUUAUCAUCAACAAUACGACGCAUAAAAUUAUUUAGGAAAAAAUGAAGAAAAAAAUACGGACAAUUUGAAUAAAUCGUUUGGCACUACUGAUUAGAAAGAAACCAAAAAAUCCAAACUUGUCUACUAUUCUGUCAGUAGAGUUCAAAAUUUGCACAAGAAAAAGGGAAACAUUUUAACAAAAACAAUGUAAAGCAUACACUAAAAAAAACUACCUAAUUUAUUUUUUAAACGUGUGUUUUAUGCAUGCCCAGUUCGGAAAAAUUAUUGGCCAUUUUAGAGCUAAACAACUACUAUGAACUAUGAAUAAAAAAAAAAAAAACAAAAAGAAAAAAUAUUGAAAUCACAAA